AUGUCCACCAGUCCACGUCUUGCCCCAAAUCCUCCAAAGAGUGUCUCAGUGUCCAUCAUCAGUCCAUCUGGUGAAAUAGUGGAGGGAGAUUCAGUGACUCUGAUCUGCAGCAGUGACUCAAACCCACCUGCAGAAAUGAACUGGUUUAAAGGAAGAACGACUGUAGGAUCCGGAAGAAUCUACAACAUCUCAAAGAUCAGCUCUGAUCACAGUGGAGAAUACAAGUGCAAGUCCAGCAAUGAACAUGGAGAUAAAUACUCUGAUGCUGUGACUUUAAAUGUCAUGUACCCACCAAGGAAUGUCUCAGUGUUCAUAAAUGGAUCUGGUGAAACAGUGGAAGGAGAUUCAGUGACUCUGAUCUGCAGCAGUGAUUCAAACCCACCUGCAGAAAUCAUCUGGUUUCAGGAGAAUCAAAUCUCAUCUGUUGGAUCUGGACAGAGUUUCAGUGCACUACAGAGUGGACGCUUCUACUGUGAGGCUCACAAUCAACAUGGAUCUAAGAAAUCAGCAGUUAUAUUAGUGACCGUCCGUCAAGGUCUGGAUUGGCCUGUCUGGUUGGGAAUCACAGUGGCAUGUGUUGGAUUAUUCAUAAUCAUCAUCAUCAUCAUCAUCUUUGUGAUGAGAAAACGAAGAAGCACAAAAGCUGAAGUCGACACAGUAAAACAGGAUGAUCUGUACGCUAACGUAAAUGAGAAGAAUGUUCAGCUGUCUGAAUCAGCCAUUUGUGAUGAUGCUCUGUAUGCCAGCAUUUUAUACAGCAAAUCUAGAAAAGACAGAAAUGAUGAUGCAGAAGAGAUCCAGUACGUGACCGUCCAACAUCACAAAACCAAACCGACACAGAGAGCAGAGGAGAACGAAAGCCAGUAUGACAAUCUCAUGAUUCACCAGCCUGCUGCUGCUGUGAGGCAAUUAGAUGUGGAGACUGUGGAAGAGGUCUCUGUGAUCUACAGCAGCGUUAAAUGAAUGAAACACCAUCAUGAAGCCUGUGUUUAUACAUCAAUCUGGUCUGCUGGGAAAAAGCCUGCCUUUCCUUUAUUUUACCAGGUGAUGUCCCAUUGAGAUCUCUUUUACAAGGGAGCCCUGGAGAGAGACAUAUUGGCUGAAUAUGAACAAAUAUUAAUUAAUGUUCUUGAAAGCUUGCCAUUUAGCAUGCAGUUUAACUAAAUGUACAGUAUUUUAUAAAUUCACUAUUCAUAAAUAAAUACAUUUUAAAUAUUAUUUAAAUACUAAAUUAU